AUGCGUUUUACUUCAUCCCUUGUUUUGCUGCAGGGCAUCUGGCUUUGUGCAGCUAGGCCGGUGGACCUUCAACCAGCUACAUUGACAACAAUCACAGAUGAGAUACUGACCUCGCAAGAUGUGGUCAGUGGAAUUGAGGAGUGGUUGAGACACAAAUCCUCUAGAAAAUGUAAGGACACCGAUAACGGUCUCCGUGGAGGCAAGUCUGAGCAGGGGAUUGAUAAGCCGCAAACUCCCCUUGACAGGGGGAAAUUCUGUGAAUCUGGGAAGCUUCAUCACAAGGUCAACGGUACCGUGUCAAAUGGGACCAUCGGGGAUGGGAAGUCGAAUGGCGAACCGGAUGCUAAAUCGAAAGUCGAUUCCAAGAUCAACUCGAGCGAGUCAAAUCCCAUAUCGAAUAGCACCAAUGGGCAUAAAAAGCCUUUGGAAUGGCAUAACAAAAGAUGCUUUGGGACAUACCAAUUUGGCAAACACAAGGACAUCUACCCUAUCUCACAACAGAAUUACGCAGGAUUUGCUUGUCCGGAGACGGAGUCAAAGAUGAUCAAGAAGGAUGACAACAGUACAUUCAUCUCGUACCAACGAUGGAUAUACGGCGCGCCUUACCUAUACAACGUCUACUGGAAGGACCUUUGUGAACUGGAGAACGGCAAGACCGAGCAGGAUGUUACGGAUCCAUUGGAAGAGGGAUGGGAACCUGGGGCACGUGUCUGUCAGGAAUCUCUCACGAAAGCGUACAGGGGCUGCGAUAAUGAGGGAGCAGGCGGAUCAUUGCAGGCAGGCUGUCUGGUGUAUGAGUUUCAGGCAAGGGACAAAGACAAAAAGGCUGUUCCUUGGCCAUGGAUGGGCGGGGGGAUUUCUGAUUAA